AUGGUCCGGGCAUUAGAGUUUCAACUUUCAAAUUUUGAUUAUUCCGUCGAGAAUCACUUUAAAGCAGUGGACAUGAUUUCUAGGCUUUGUGGAGAAACAGAGACUGAUGCUGUAGAAGAAACUGAAAUUCAGUGCUCUAAGUCCUCUAUCACUUUUUUAAGGCGAUACAACCUGAAAAUAAUUAGGUUUGCUUGUGAAACGGAUAAUUCUCAGGAGAAAUGUGAUCUCAGUGGGAUAACUCUACAGCAGUUCUCAUCUGCAACUGUUCCGAAGGAGGGGCCAGAUGGAGGUCCCACUUCUCUAGAGUCCAGCAGAGACUUUGUGAUGUAUGUUGGAGGAUCUGUUUGGACAUUGGAUUGGUGUCCUGGUGUUCAUGAACGGCUGGACAAUCAUAUCAAACGUGAGAUAUUCUCUCCUCCACUUCUUAACGCUUUCGCUUCUAUUUGGAUCCAAGAUGGACAAAUAGAGGAGAUUUUAGCUCUAGAAAAGAUGCCAAAAGGAGGCCUAGAAAAAGGCCAACAGAAGAAUCGCCCAGUAAAGAAGCCACAGAGGAGAUUUUCAGCUCUAGUUAAGAGGCUGAAAGAAGGCCUAGAAAAAGCCAACAGAAGAAUCACCCAAAAGUUAUCUGCUUGUAAUUCAAAUCUUAAAACUACCGCACAAAGUAGAAGAUUGAAAAGUAAGUCAAGGAAAGGAAGUAAUUCUGAUGAUGUUGCAUGUCCACUGUUAUUGACUCGUAAUGAAGAUGAUAACGUUUCUUUGGAUAUCAACUCUACUUCUUCGACUGUAAACAACCAAACGCAUGAGAAUUCUGGACUCGAUACUGCAACGCCAGCUUCUGGUUCUGAUAAUGUUUCUUUGGAUAUCAACUCUACUUCUUCCAUUCCAAAGGAUGCUGAUUUGCCAAGAGUUGUAUUAUGCCUACCUCACCUACGGAAAAAGUUGCAUAGGAUGCGUAAUGAAGGCCUUAUUCGAGACCUUUGCUUUUUUUCAGCGCAGAUACAGUUCCUAUUAGAGCAAUCGCAUGGAUCCCAUCUGAAAGAACUAAUGAAACGAAGUUGUAGUUUUGCAAAUAUGCCAUUUUCAUCCUCCGGUCAGGUCAACUCUGCUGGAGAAACAUGUGGACAAACAUUGAAGGUGAUGCCACCCCGUUACCAUUUUGCACAAAACCACCUAAAUCUUUCAGACUUUGAGAAGUGGGGGUGGGUUGCAAGGAAGAAAGAAAUGGGGGUUCUAAGAAGAGAGCUGGCUGGCUUAUCUCCUCUUCUUCUGCUUCUUCUUCUGUUGAUAAUGUCACAGUUAGAGACUCCAUGUUAUGCUGUUGGGUAUGGAAAGUUUAGUAGCUUCAAAGGUGGGUCUAGUUCUGAGCCGAAGAACAAUCUUGCCAAGUCUAAUAAUAUCGGUGCUGGCUUCAAAAGAAAUGCAGAUAAAGAUGGUAAUGAAAUUUUUGGUGCUGAAAAGAGGAAAGUCUAUACAGGACCAAAUCCUCUACACAACAGAUAA